GGGCAAAAACGGAAGUGACGUCGCGCAUCAAACCGGAAAACGGCACAAACAACAGCUGGAGCUUUCCUUAUCACUUUGCUACAGAUUUAUCGUUAAGGUAUAUCAGUCCGUUACCGGAUGAAAAGAUGCGGGUUGAGUAUUCAAGAGAAGUAAAACACUCGUGUCAAGUUUACAGCAGUCGACUUGGAUAAAAAGCCAACAGGAGCGGAAAGAGGCGAAGCUAAUGAUAGCCGUCGAGCUAGUUAGCGCAGCUUACCGGUUGUGCAGUAUAACUAACAUAGUAGGCGUUAGUGUCGAUAUUGUUCUUAUAUUUCUCUGAACACUGCCCUCGUAUCGGUGUUAUUUUAAGUUAUUUCACCUGUCCAGGUUGUUCUACCUCAGACACGGGGGAAAACCUCUUAACUAACGCUAACGUCAAGCUAGCAUUCGCACAGAGUUCGCUAACGGCGCGUUGUGAACCGUAAAUGAACACCCUUUAACACGCCGAGCACCCCGCAAGACUACGCUGCCUAUCAGUCAUCACAGGAUCACAGCCAGCAGAAUGGCCACAGACUGGUUGGGUAGUGUUGUGUCUAUAAACUGCGGGCUGACGUUGGGAGUUUAUCAGGGAGAGGUGUUGUCUGUCGAUCACGCCAGCCAGACCAUCUCUCUGAGACAGCCCUAUCACAACGGGGUCAGAUGCCCUCUUCCUGAGGUCACUUUCAGUGCCAUUGAUAUCAAGGAGUUGAAGUUCCUAGAUAUCCAGAAUACAGUCAACAAGGCUAGCACCGGUCAGGGAGCUGCAACAGAAUCCAGCUUCAUACCUUCAGCACGCCAUGGUCAGAGUAACAGAGUCGCUCUACCUCAUGUGACAAGCAGCAGCUCCUACUCCAGCACUGCACCAAUCACCAUCCUCCGCAGAGCUCCCGCAGGUUCCUCUAACAGCAGAGGGGCGACGCAGGCCGCACAAAAGAAGAACAGUGUGAGGAACGGAGGCCCGACGAGGACCAGGGACGAUGAGUGCUUCGGAGGCGGGACUGAUGAGAACAUGGGCGCGGACUUCGACUUUGAGGGGAAUCUGGCUCUGUUCGACAAAGCCGCCGUCUUCUCCCAGAUCGAAGGGACCGCCGGCCACAGCAACAGAGCGCAGCAUCACAACGCGCAGGGCGAUCAGAAGCCCCUGUCCUACCGCCAUGACGAGAAUAUCUUGGAGGCGAAGCCCGUCAUAUACCGGCAGAUAACGGUGCCCCAGCACGGGGGCAAAGAGUACUGUACCGAUUCGGGCCUGGUGGUUCCCAGCAUCCCCUAUGAGCUUCACAAGCGUCUGCUGGCGGCCGCGGAGCGCUGGGGCCUGUCUCUCGAGCGCAGGCUGGAGACGACCGGCGUCUGCUCCAGUCAGAUGGCUCUCACUCUGCUGGGCGGACCGAACAGACUCACCCCCAAAAACGUUCACCAGAGGCCCACUGUAGUCCUCCUGUGUGGGCCACACAUCCAGGGAGCCCAGGGCGUCAGCUGUGGCAGACACUUGGCCAACCACGGGGUGGAGGUCAUCCUGUUCCUGCCCAAUUUCGUCAAGAUGCAGGAGUCGGUCACCGGCGAGGUCCACCUCUACACCAGGACUGGCAGCAAGCAGGUGGCCAGUGUCAAAGACCUGCCGACAAGCCCAGUCGACCUGGUCAUCAACUGCCUGGACUGCCACGAGAACCCAAUGCUGGGGGAGCAGUCCUGGUACCAAUUGGCCGCCGACUGGGCCAACCAGAACCGUGCUCCCGUCCUGAGUAUCGACCCCGCGAUCGGUGGUCCGCAUCAGACUGUCGAGGCGAAGUGGACCCUCUCUUUGGGCCUUCCUUUACCGUUGACCGAGACAGAGAGCAGGGUCUACCUCUGUGACAUUGGCAUCCCGAAACUGGUUUUCCAGGAAGUUGGAAUCCGCUACCGUUCACCGUUUGGAUGUAAAUUUGUCAUUCCCUUGCACACGCCAUAACGGAGAAGCCACUGACAUUGAGUUACAAUAGGUCUGCUCCUCUCAGUGGGUAAUGGUACCAUUGUGUAUGUGGCAAUAGGACAAAGAAUAUUUGGUCAGAAAGUGUAUACAACUUCAGGACACGUCUGAAAGCAUAUGGUGUAGUGCUUUCCUUGCUGCCCCUCUGGAAACUCCCGGAGAAGGAGGGGGUGGUGCCGCGCGUUGCGUGCGACAUCGCCUGUUUUUGAGAGGGAAAGGUUUCCUGUUCUUUGGCGUGUUUUGAUAAGGGCUCUGGGUGGCUAUGUGAAUGUGUUUACAAAACGCUGACCACUGAGUCCGCAACCUCUGAUCCUGUGACCAGUCAGAGUAGCAGAGACACAGUUCCUGUUUCCUCCUCCAGAUUGCAUGUGGAGGCCGGUCCCGACCCCGUGACCCUGUGACCCCUUGAUCCCGUGCAUAGCUCUGCCCAAAGCUGUCUGCCAACCCAAACCUGAUAUUCAUCUAGCAAACACGUCCAUUAUCUUUCAAUUUAAUGCAAUGUUGGAUCCACUCAAAUGGGUGGGUUUAGUCACGUAAUGGUCAUAGCAUGUUUGACUGAAACGGUGUUCUUACACAGAAUUUAUAUUUGUAUUUGUAUUUAUUUUUGGAAUACUUCUCAGGAACAAUGUAUGAAACAUGUAAACAACUUUAUAUGUACAGUACAUCCAAUAGCACUCUCGCUGCCCUGUCUGUUGAGUCCUUAACCACUAACACUGAACAUGAAAAGGAGAUGUCACCCCUGAGGCUUAAUUUUCUGUAUUUCUGAAGUCUUGCAGAUUAGUCCGGAUUUUGAAGCACACAUUCCAUGGACCAAAAACAUCUUGUACCAGGUUUAUCUCUAGGGAUUACGGCUCGUUUGGUUGGGUGAAACUUAAUUAUUAUUUUCCAUUUUGACGCCUCAGUUUCAGCCACCGAAGUAACCAUUCCUUUUGUCUGGUAACCGUAGCGAUCUUCUGUUAAAACCUCAGAUCAGCAAACUGUCAACGUUACAAGGAAAAGGACAAUCUGAUUUUUCGACUGGCAGCUACGCACUUUUGAAAUUAUGGUGGUGUCUUUUUGUUUCUUUUUUUUUAGAGCGCUUAAGUUAUUGUGUUAUGAACUGCUUUUCCAACUGCUAAAUAAAUCAAGGAGUCAGUUCAAACCUGAGAGUCAAACUAGCCAAAAGUAAUAAAUGCCCUUUUUGCAGACUGCUUUGCAGAGUUUUCACUCGACUAACUGCAACACUUUGGAACCGAUUAAUCAUUUAUUGCACUUCAGUCCUCUCUGAACCAAAUGUGUGAUGGAGGGGUGAUACAUUUUGAUUAAAGCUGCAGCUACGGCUGCUCUGCCAAAAACAUUUAGAAAGAAUCGAGUCAUUUGUGGUGAACAAGAGUGUUUCAAUUGACACCUCCACAACAGAUCUGGGACCUGAGAGUUUACCCAAUACCAGAUACUGCCCAGAUCCAGGUGUGCACAGCUGGGAGGGGGAGGAGAGUGGAUGAAUCUGUUGUUGGUUGGAAUAUUAAUAUAAGUCAAACCUCCACUCAGGGAAACACUAGCAGUUAGUUUUAAGACACUGCAGCUUUUUUCUCUGCUUUUUCAGAGCCUCAUCUUUUUCCCUCUCUAUUACAGCAAAGACUAAAUGGAACACUUAAAAUGUGAUCAUGAUUGUAAUAAAGCAAUCAAGUAAAAAAAUAAAAGAAAGAAGAAACAUUUCUUGUAAAUUUGAUUUGGGUGGAUCUUGAGAUUAUGUAUUGUGAGGGGGGGCGAGGAAAACCUUGCGACACAAAAUAAUGUGAAUUCAGUGCUGAUGGGGUUGUACCUCGUGUUUUUUUUCAGAAGUGUCGUCAACUCAACUGGACAAUGUUGAAGAUAUUUUGUACCUAGAGUUUUGACUGAUUUGUUAUUUCUGACGGCCGUGUGUAAGCCUGGUGAAGAGCAUUAUGAAGAGCGUCCUCUAAAAACAUGUGGUGUGCAUGUGUAUAAUGUGUCUUUAGGUAGACAUGUGAUCCCUGGUCUUCUGAAACGAUGCAGACGCUACAGGGUGGGCGCUCCUUUAUAUGCAACUAAUAAAUUAAAAAAUAUUCGCAACCGCUGUGUUUA